AUGUCAUCGUUUGGGAGAGCCGUGCCCUUCACCGAGAGGGAGGGGAGAUGGUGGGCGUUAAGUAGGCUGCAGCGAUCUUGCCGUUCAGUUGGCGAUCAUGGAAGCUGGCAGCGAGAGCAAUGGGCUACUUUUGCCAGAGCCUGGUACCUCCUCGAUGCGAAGAUGCAGCCACCGGGAAAAAUAGCAGCUGCGACUGUAAUCAGACUGGAAGGCAGGCAUAAACCUAUUUAUCAUGCACUAAAUGACUGCGGAGAUCAUGUUGUCAUAAUAAAUACAAGACAUAUUGCCUUCUCCGGUAACAAAUGGGAACAGAAAGUAUAUUCUUCACACACUGGCUAUCCUGGUGGUUUCAGACAGGUGACAGCAACUCAGCUCCAUUUGAAGGAUCCAACUGCUAUUGUUAAACUGACUGUUUAUAGAAUGCUUCCCAAAAACCUUCAGAGAAGAACUAUGAUGCAGAGGCUGCACCUGUUCCCAGAAGAUGUUAUUCCAGAGGAUAUACAGAAGAAUCUUCUACAAGAGAUUCCUCAGCCACGUGUAGUCCCCAGGAGGUUAGACGAAUAUACACCAGAAGAAAUUGCUGCCUUUCCGAAGGUUUGGACUCCACCUAAAGAUUUUCGAAGGAAAUAAUAGCAAUCAAAGAAGAAGAACUGCAGUCAGGAAUGUCUCUCCUCCUUGAAAAAAAAUUCUUCUAACAUGGAAGCAUCUGUGCAUCUCGGUCAACCCUUCUGUACAGAAUGGUUUUGCCAGGUGUUAGCAAACUUUAUUUGAAAAGAUUAUAAAAAUUACUGUGUUUGAAACAGCUGAGGAUGGGUAUUAUGUUGUUAAUGCCACCUGUAAUCUGUGUUGUAUGAGCUGGUGUUUGUUAAUUGUAUUUGCUUUAAUACUAUUAUUAAAGAAUUGAUAGAUUUCUAAUGAAUAUUUGCAUCUCAUGGAAACAGUACAUUGUUCACGGAAAUGAAGUGUCGUGCUCUAGAAGUUGCAAAAUUUGAUUUCCACACAGUAAGAGCAGUGAAUAAUUACAGUCACAGAGCUCCCACAAACAGCACACUGUCAGUAAAUAAUCCGGUUUGCUUUUCUGUUAAAACAGGUGAUCCAUCCUUACACAGCUUGAGUGAAAGAAUGGCAGUCUUGGUUAGGAAAAGGAGAACUGUUCAUGUAGAACUCGUGCUCUCUUUGGGGGAUAUAAACAACCCCAUGGUGUCCGCUGUUUUAUUACUUCUGUAAUAGGUUGUGCGGUUCUUCUGAAAGCCUUUUCUAGAAUCCAGCUAUGUCCACAUCGUACGUACUGAAUUAAAUUAACGGAUAUGUUUUGCCAAAUGCAUGUCUACGCAGGCCUGCGGUUUCCUUGUCUUUUUAGGUGAAUGCACCCACUGAAGUUAUCAUGGUGGAGGUAAGCAAAAUCAGGCUUAUUCCAGAGCCAAAGUCCGUUAGAAAAACACAACUCAUCAGAGGAAGCCACGCACGUACCAAGUAUGCAUGCAUGCAUACUGCAGUCCUGAUAGAGGGAGGAAAAAUAUUAUUAGAAGAUGCAUCUUGGAGGAACGAGGAGCUGGUGAGAUUGCUGAUGGUCAUUGUUUAUGUCCUGUGGGAGUUUCUCUCACAGCAACCUCCCAGGAGUUUUUCUGCACAGCACACUUCGCCAAUAGUUCAGCCUGUUUGUUAUGAGCAAGGAAGUAUUUGGUCUCCACCCAUAAUUUCUCAUCCUAAAGCUUUGGCCAUCUUUUGCUAUGGAAUGCCACAUGGUGUGCUUGGCGCACCAAAGACGCAAGCCAAGGGGAAAUCAGUUUAUCCUCACAGAGGGCCUGCUUGCUACAGGGAGGAAGAUCGCAGCAUUUUAGUGUCUGGAAUGUCUCGGAUGCUGGAAGAGUGACCUUUCAGUUCCAGCAGAACGCACUGCUGCAAUACUGCAGAGCAGCAAGGACAGCAUGAAUUUCAGAGGUGAUGCUGUCCACUAGCUUGCAUCCAAACAGCCCAGCGCGUUGGUGGGAAGGGUGUGCCUCCAGGAGCUGCACAGUGCGCGUGGGCAAGCGAUGAGUGAGAACUACUUUCAUUUUUAAUAAUCUUACUGGUUUUCAGGCUGUUGUUAGUGGGCUCUGCACUUAAAUCUCUAGUGUGCUGCAUGACAACAUCAAGGUUGACUCUUCUCUACUUUCGAGGUGCCAGAUGGUAUUAAAUAUAUUCCUAGUGCCAUUUCAUUCGUGAUACGGGGAUGCUGCGUGAUUGUCAGCGGGAGGGUUGAUGUCCGUAACGCCCUGUCUGCCCCAGCAAGCAGGCAAGCAGAACGCCUCUCCCUCUAGGCGUAGCUUUUGAAGAUGGCACCCUUCGGCCUCGCAGUGCUCUUUACCAACGAAAACACCCGUGUGGGGCUGUGCAGUGCAUCUUCCUACGUGGCUCUUCCUCCAUAGGAGCCGGUCUGUUGACAACCCUGAGCAAUGUGGCUUUCGUAAAGAGCUUAUUGAAAUAACAGACAGUAACGGCAGAUCAUAUGGAGCUACUCUUCCUUUUUCUCUCCUAAGCCCAAAUCUGAUUUUGAUUCAAGUCACAGGAACAUGCCUUCCUUACUUGGAGAAUGUAUUGAAGAAUGAAGCAACAUUUUUCUUAUGAAAACCAAAUGAGGAAACUAAACUGAGGUGUUGAAUGAUGCCAAAUCAGUUUUAAAAAUUAUUUUGCUUCUGCAAAUCACUUCGCUGAAGAUCAUCGCUGCUUUUCUGCAGAGGUAGCCCUCAAGCCAAAGCUGGUGUGUAAAUAAAUGAAGUGCCUGUUGUUUUCUCUAAAGUAGA